CGUCCCGGAGAGGCCAUGGAGCUGCUGCCUCUGCUCGCCUGGGCGCUGCUUCCAGGUUGCGGGGCAGUGACGGGGCCCGACACCGUGUGGGGAUUCCUGGGGGAUUCGCUGUCGUUCACCUGCGCGUACCAGCCGGGCCAGGAGGAGUUGCCGAAAUUCUGGUGCGUCCCUGGUGGGCUUUUUACUACCUGUGAUAACGACAUCGUCAUCACCUCGGAGUCGGAGCCCGAGGUGCUGCAGGGCCGGUUCUCCAUCCGGGACAACCGCACAAGCCGGGUAUUCACGGUGACCGUGGAUGGUCUGUCCAAGGAUGACAAUGGCACCUUCCGUUGCGGGGUGCGAACAGGAAGUCUUCAGCGUGAUCAGAGUGCUGUUGUGAAGGUGAUUGUGGUCUCAGCUUCUUCCACCCUCCCAUCAUCGAUCUACAUGACCACCACGUUCUCUGACCUCAUUCUCUCCGUAACAGGCCACACACAGGCAGUUUCCCAGGGGGAAAUUGUACAAUCAACAUCAAAUCCCUCCACCCCUCAACUCUUGAAUGUGAUUGAGCACAUCCUCACUCCAGCCAUCAUUGUGGUUCUUUUGUUGCUUGCAGUGGCUGCUAGUGUUCUGGUAAUACUCUCCAGAAAGAAGAAGGCCACAUCCAUGCUUCAUCCAGCCCUUUCCGGAGCAGCCAUAGAGAUGGACAGGAUUCGCAGGAUGUCACCUACAGGAGCGGAAGCCUUGAUCUAUGCGGACAUUGAUCACAGCACCAGCGUGGCUGAGAGCCAGUACAGCAAUGCUCAGGCUUCCCACCGCCUGGAAAUGCCCCUGAUGGAGUACAUAGAGGUCAGACAGCGUGCUCAGCCUUUGGAAGAGAAAAGAGAAAUGUUAUAUGCCAGAGUGCAGAAGCCCGUGCUGCAGGCAAAGCAGAUCUACACCAAAGUGUCAUCAACUCCACGGCCCAGUGAAGAGCUCUACAGCACAGUGUGGGGGUGAUGAGCAAGCACCCGGCCCCAUGGGCUGCUCCUGCUGCUGGCAGCACCAGCAAGACUUGU